AUGUCUGACUCGGACGGAGAGUACGUUGCUGAUGACCUCUCUGAUGAGGAUAUUGCGGCGCAUCAGGUCUCAAGACAUGGCACGCGUUCAUCUGGCCCUAUCAGAGGGGCAGCAGGGUCAGCUACGAGGGGCGGGGAUACCAAUACUGGAACUAAUCGCAGGAGGGCAGCCUGGGAGGACAUACAGAGAAGUUGGGAUACAGUCGUUGAGGGCGCCGAUGGGAGCAUCAACUCUACCGUUGAAGGGCUACGGGAGGCGGGGAAGAGGAAGAGAUUAUUACGAGAUACUACACCUUUACAGAGAGGCAUAAUUCGACAUCUUAUUCUCAUCCUCGAUCUUUCUUUUGCUAUGGUUGAGAAAGACCUACGGCCAACGAGAUACCUCCUUACCGUACGCUAUGCUUCUGAAUUUGUUACCGAAUACUUCGAGCAAAAUCCCAUUUCUCAGUUGGGGAUUAUUGGCAUGCGAGAUGGUAUAGCAGUGAGAGUCAGCGACAUGAGUGGGAAUCCGACGGAGCAUAUCGAGAAACUGAAAACUCUUCGAGAACAACAACCUCAAGGGAAUCCAAGCCUGCAGAAUGCCCUCGAGAUGAGCAGAGCUGCUCUUUUUCACGCCCCUUCACACGGUACACGAGAGAUCCUUAUCAUCUACGGUGCUUUAUUAUCCAGUGAUCCAGGAGACAUACACAAAACCAUAUCUUCUCUCAUUGCUGAUCGAAUAAGGGUUUCAGUAGUCGGCCUAGCUGCACAAGUUGCCAUCUGUGCAGAGCUAUGCUCCCGUACAAAUGCUGGUAAUGAAGGCAACUACCACGUCGCACUUAACGAACAGCAUUUUCGAGAGCUGGUAAUGACAUUGACCACACCUCCGGUCACAAGAACUAAGAAGCAAUCACAAUCCAGCCUCUUGAUGAUGGGCUUUCCCUCUCGAACCUCUGGAGCUGGAAAGACAAUGAGCUUUUGCGCAUGUCACAGCAAGUUAAGCCGAGGCGGUUACCUCUGCUCGAGGUGCGACAGCAAAGUCUGCAGUCUUCCGGCUGAGUGUCCGGCUUGCGGCCUAACUCUCAUCCUCUCCACACAUUUAGCGCGAUCAUAUCACCAUCUAUUCCCGCUCAGAAACUGGGUCGAGGUUCCUUGGUCUGCUGCAAAGAAAUCAAAAGUUUGCUUCUCUUGCCUUACUCCUUUUCCAGAGGUUUCAAAUGGCAGGAUACAGGUCGAGCAGAAUGGGCCAAGGCCAGACGGAGAGGCCAAGGGUAUGAGCGAGAGUGGACGAUAUGCAUGUGAGGUGUGUGGAAACCACUUUUGCAUUGAUUGCGAUGUCUUUUCUCAUGAGAUCGUCCACAAUUGUCCCGGCUGCCAGAGUGAUACUCGAGGCAUGAUUGAGGUCCAAGAUGUGGUUGACAGGGAACCUGGUCAUAACGAAACAGAUGCAAUGGUUGAAUGA